UUGAACAAUGCGUUUCCUGAUUAUUAAUGAUUACUGACAGGGAAAAUCUUCAUGUCAGUCGCAGUCGUAGAAGGUAAUCAGCAUUAAACAAACAAUCAUGGUUUGAAGACAAAGGAGGAAGACGGAAAAACUUUGAGAUGCGGAUAACUUGAUCCUGAAAAUAUCGAUUUACAUCUUUCACCAAUGGAGGACGUUGGUCUUGUUGUAGCUUUCUCAGUCAUAGUUCUGAUGGACCUUGUUGGCAACACAAUGGUUAUCCUCGUAAUACUUUUAAACAAGUCCAUGAGAACACCAAUGAAUCGCCUGUUGCUAAACUUGGCCGUUGCAGACAUGGUAGUGGCCAUUUUCACGGCAAUACAGUUCGUUCUUGGACCCUUUUAUCAGCACCCAUCCGGAAGCACUGGUGCUUUAUUGUGUAAGUUCAUCACAGGGGGCCCCAUGACAUGGACAGCAGCUCUUGUAUCGAUAUGUAACCUAGUUGCCAUUUCGUAUGAAAGAUAUCAAGCAGUUGUGCUGCCCCUCGCUGGCCGUGGAGAGAUCCCAAACAGGAAACUUAAAUUUAUUAUCCCUAGCUGCUGGUUGGCAGGCUUCCUUUGGAAUAUUCCCCUUUUUGUGACCGUGACCUACAAGGAGGAUUUAGGAGACUGUCGAGAGCAUUGGUCUGGCCCCGUAUCGCCGAUAGCAUACAGCAUAGGCUGGGAUAUAGUUGCCGGAACAAUGCCCAUCACUGUAAUGAGUUAUUGGUACUCAAAAGUGGUUUUCCACUUGUGGUUUGAUAAAACUCCUCGGGUUAAAUCUGCAGCCACUAAGACGAUUAUUUUGCAAAGAAAAAGAGCAACCUUAGUAGUCAUCUCUGUUAGCAUCAUCUAUGCCACAUGCUGGGUACCAGUCCUUGUGAUGUACACUGUGACCCAUAGCCUUCCUUACGGGGUUAUGUACAGUCCUCUACAUAAAGUCACUAUUUUAAUAGCCAUGUUCAAUUCGUGCAUCAAUCCGGUCGUGUACAGCUUCACUAGCGCUCGUUUCAGGCAACACUUGUUAACACUUCUGAGGUGCAAGAGGACAGUUAGGGGACAGCUUGCCUUUUACCACACAAAGCAACAAGAGCAACCAAAAGUGAACUUCUGAGAAUAUAUCAGAAGGAAAUCCAAAGGGAGGUUGAUCCUGCCUCCGUUCCAUUAUGCUAAAGAACUCAUGACAGGAUGGUGAAAUUUAAAGUGGCUGAUUACUUUUUUUGUAGCAGAAUUCCAAACUGUGAGAAAGUCAGGCUACCCAUUUUAAGAACCCAUAUUUAGACUUAUUUUAAAUUACUAUUAAUGGAGAAUAUCUUGUAAAAAGGCUGAUAUAUCAUUUGGCAGUUACAACAGUAUGAGGUGUAUGUUGACCAUCUGACUCCCACAUUUUGUAUUUAGUUCAAGAACCAGAUCUCUUAGUCCCCACUGUGGUUCAUUGUUGUCAUCAUCAUCAUCAUCAUCAGUCUUCUUCACGCUCUUUUGCGCUCUGUUGGUUCAUUGUUGUAUGUUCGCCCAAAUCACACACCAAUAUACACCGAAUGCAAAUAUGGCGUCCAAUUUG